AUGGAAAAGCUACGAAAAAGUUGGUGGGACAAUGAAGUUCAGGAGAAAUAUCAAAUCAUAAAAAGAUUUCAGUAUUUAAGAUUUCCUUUUGUUUUAUCGUUCUGGUUCACUAUUUGGAUUAUCCAAAAUCAAUUAUCAAUCCAAUGCUUAAAAUUAGAGCCUGGAUAUUAUGUAUAUUUAUCAUCACAAUUUCUUAUAUGUUUCUUAAUACAAUAUGUGCAGAAUAAAGACAAUUUUUAUAAAUCACUUCUAGGAAUUGCAUUAUCCGAAUACAAUUGUCUAUUGUGAUGGAUAAUGGCAAGGGGUGAUUUCAAAACCUCAAAACUCUUGCUCUCGAAUAUUUCUUUGUCGUGCAUUAACAUUUGUGAGUUCCCAUUCAUAAAAACAUCAUUUUUCAGACUCUUAGUUUUAGCGAGACAUUUAAUAAUGUGGCAAUAUAUAGACUAUUACUCAGGAAGUAUCGAAUUAACACUUGAUACUAUGCCUCAUUUAAUGGCAGUUCUAAAUACCCCCUAUGAAUAAGAAAAACUAUUGAAAAUUUGUUGGAUAGAACUUUUUAAAAAAAUUUAUUAUAUAAAAAUUAUAAAAUAGAAGUAUCGCUAUAUAUGUUUUCUUUAGGCAAAUCUAUUUAAUUAUAAACAGCUUGCAUUUUAAGGCUUAAAUUUAUUAAUUAAUUGCAUUUUCACUUUAAAAAUUAAAAAUUGGGAUGUUUCGAAAAAUAAUUUUACAUCUAAAUUAAAAUAAGUUUAACCUUUCAUCAUGAACUAGCUAAAAAUUUUGCUUGAUAUGGGGAUUAAAUGUUUUUCUUUGCGAAACUCAAUGCCGCAGAGUUAAAUUUUUUUCAUUUGAGAGGUUUUUGUCAACCCAAAAAUUAGAAAGCAUGGAGAAAAGGCUCAGUGUCAUUUUUAAUCUUUAUCCUGAUGGAUUAAUGGUAUUGUCACAAUCAAAUACUCUGCUGUAUUCUAAUGCAAUUAUCACAAAGUACUUAGGAUGCAAUACUGAUCAGAUUGAAAAGAUAUUGGUAACUAUUGAAUAUGCACAAGGGAAAAAAUAUUCUGAGUUUUCUGAUUCAAGUAGGCUCAUUGAUGAUAUUAAUUCUGUCAAAAAUUUACAAUUGAAUCAGCAAGUAUUGCUAGGGAUAAGCCAGCUUGGAAAUUUAAAUUUAGAAUGGAGAGCUCAAAAAGUCCUAUGAAAUGAAGAAGAGGUAGUAUUGCUAACUGUGAAAGACAUUAGUCAUAUCAUAGAGCUAGAAAAAUCUAUCUCUGACAAUAAAUGAAAAAAUGUGCUUUUGAGGUCAGUCUCUCAUGAGCUGAGAACACCUAUAAAUGCAAUUUCUACUAUUUCUGAGUCAGUAAUGUACGACUCAGAAGUUUUACUAUCUAAAAAUUUUGCAACAAAAUUAAAUAUAAUUUCAGUCUCUUCAAAGCUUUUGCUUUCUCUUAUAAAUGACUUAUUAGACUAUUCAAGAAUUUUAGCUGGAUCCUUUUCUAUAGUAAAAUCAAAAUUCCAGCUGACAAAUACAAUAAAUACCACUGCCCAAUUAAUUAAGCUUCAAGCAGAAAAGAAAGGGGUUAAGCUCACCAUUAGGAUUGACCCUCAAAUUCCUGAGCAUAUUUAUUCAGAUCCUUUAAGAUUCAGCCAAAUUUUGCUAAACCUUUUAAGCAACUCUCUAAAAUCGACCAUAACUGGGUAUAUCGAAAUAUGCUGCAUUUUAUGUGAAAAAUGAAAAAUUAAAGUAACAGUAAAAGAUACUGGGAUUGGUGUUGAAGAAACCAAGCUUAUCAAUAUGCAAAAAGAAUUUAAAUUACAUCAAAACCUUACAAUAAAUCCAACCGGGUGUGGAAUUGGUUUAUUCAUUUCAAACAAAAUAUCUAAAGAGCUCGGCACAAAACCAAUUGAGGCAAGUUCUGUUAUUGGCUUUGGAUCAUCUUUUAGCUUCUAUGUUGACAUUUCAGAAGAAAAAGCCAUUGACGAGCUUAAAUUUGACGAUGAUAUUUCUGAAUUUACUUCAGAAGAAAUUCAUCCAAUUUCAAUAAAAAAUUUCAAAGAAAUUAUCAGUGAAUUUCCACAAAUUUUGAUUGUAGAUGAUAAUGAAUUUAAUAGAGUUGCUUUAGGAACACUUCUAGCUAGAAAAGGGUAUCUGUUUGAUGAAGCCUGCACUGGGAAAGAAGCAGCAAGGAAAAUUAAGGAAAAUGAUAGCAAAUCAAAGCCUUAUAAAUUGGUUAUAAUGGAUGGGUGCAUGCCUGAACUAAAUGGUUGGGAUGCAACAAAGCUUAUUAAUCAAAUGUACUUUAAUGGAAAACUAAAUAGUUUGCCAAUCGUAAUUGGGUAUACUGCUUUUAGUUCUGAUGUGGAACUAGGAAUGUGCAUUGAAUCUGGGAUGAAAGAAUGCCUUAUUAAACCUUGUGACCCAGAGAUAUUAAUUUCAAAAAUAUCAAAUUAUCUUUCAUCUUAG